GAAGGCGAGCUCGCCGCCGGAGCGCACGGAGAGCUCCCAUUUUACGCACCGAGGCAUCCGGACCCGCCGCCGCUGAAAAAGCUUCGCGGGAACCGACAACGUGUCGCUGUGCAGGCAUUCUGCAGCCGCCUGCUAGGCGGUGGCGAUUUUUGAAGAAGCGGGAAAAACACGCAAGCUGCUCUUUCAUCUCGUCAGCUUUUGAGGAGGAGGAGGCGAGGGACCAGGGGUGUCCCCCCGUUUUGUGUGUAACUCCGCGUGUGUGCUUGCGCGUGUUUGUGUGUGUUUGGAACAAGAGAGAGGAGAGAGAGAGAGAAAGAUACGAGGGUAAAACAGAUCGGACGCGCGGCGUAGGAGACAGCUGCUUUUGGACACGUUUUGGAAACAGAAGCUGCUCAACUGCAAAAAGGCUGCACACGAGGAAAAAAAAAGAAUAUAAACACAACUUACUUUGCAUCACCUCUCCCGUCCAUUAAUUUGAACGCGAUAUUAAUAUCAUUUUGGGGGAGCUUUUGAGCGUCUCUCAAUCUGCUGGACAAGUUUGGAGGCUGAAGGACGCACCUCGGGACUUUGACGCAGACGUCUCUCUGACUUCUUUCUCGAUGGACAUGGGCGCAUCUGACGCCAAGCAGCGGUAGACGGAGAGCUCGGAGCCGCUGUCCUCUUUUUCCUCCUAUCUCUUGCAGAGUGGACCCACUUUUGAAACAGCGUGUUUUUUUUCUAGCUGGGCCUAAGGCCGACUUGUUUAAAGGACCUUUUUUUUGCUUCCGGCAACAGCGAAGAGACCAAGUCUUCCUCCCUCAGCUCUCACUCCCUCUCUCACUUUUUUGGAAGCUGAACUUUUAAAGGAAAAUGGGGCAUUGAGAGGGUUGGCAGAUCUCCCCACGCUAUAAUGGCUACUGACACCUACCUGGUGAACGACGAUCCUACUAGAGGCCCAGGGAUGCCUGAAUGUUUCCUCGUGUCUGACACAUACAGGGAUGAAUUCCACCCCUUCAUCGAGGCCCUUCUGCCCCAUGUCCGCGCCUUCGCCUACACCUGGUUCAACCUGCAGGCCCGCAAGCGCAAGUACUUUAAGAAGCACGAGAAGCGCAUGUCCAAGGAGGAAGAGCGCGCAGUGAAGGAUGAGCUGCUGGGGGAGAAGCCAGAGAUCAAGCAGAAGUGGGCCUCGCGCCUGCUGGCCAAGCUCCGUAAGGACAUCCGGCCUGAGUUUCGUGAGGACUUUGUGCUCACCAUCACAGGGAAAAAGCCCCCCUGCUGCGUGCUGUCCAACCCCGACCAGAAGGGCAAGAUCCGUCGCAUCGACUGCCUGCGACAGGCCGACAAGGUGUGGCGGCUGGACCUGGUGAUGGUCAUCCUGUUCAAGGGCAGCCCCCUGGAAAGCACGGACGGAGAGCGGCUGGUCAAGUCACCACAGUGCACCAACCCUGGCCUGUGCGUCCAGCCACACCACAUUGGAGUGUCCGUCAAGGAGCUGGACCUCUACCUGGCCUACUUCGUCCACACGCCAGAAUCUGGACAAUCAGACAGCUCCAGCCAACAGGGGGAAACAGACAUCAAGCCGCCUCCCAAUGGGCACCUGAGUUUCCAGGACUGCUUCGUCACCUCAGGGGUGUGGAAUGUUGCGGAGCUGGUCAGAGUGUCACAGACUCCUGUAGCAACAGCAUCAGGUCCUAACUUCUCACUGGCUGACCUGGACAGCAGUCCCAGUUACUACAACAUUAACCAGGUGGCUCUGGGACGGCGCUCCCUCACCUCCCCUCCUUCCACCAGGUCUGAGGUGGAGUUGUACGCAAACCUUCCACGGAGCUCCACCAAGAGGAAGUCCUUAGAUGACAGCGAACUGGAGAGCCCCACAGAUGAUGUUUUCUACCCUGGACGCUCGCCUGCUGCCAGCUCCUCCCAGUCCAGUGCGUGGCCCAAUGACAUGGAUGCAGUGCAGCACCAUUUGGCGAGUGUGCAGGAGAGGAAGAUAAAACAUGAAAACGAUGGCGUGCAGUUUCCUUACCAUGGACUGUCCUCGCCUGGUUCACUUAAGAAGCCGGGGAAGUUUGAUUUCAACGCCCUGACUUCCCAGACGAGGUCCCCCCGCAUGGCGUUCACACACCACCCGCUGCCUGUGCUGGCAGGAGUGAGACCAGGGAGUCCCCGUGCCUCAGCCUCAGCCCUGCACUUCCCUUCCUCCUCUAUCAUCCAGCAGUCCAGCCCGUACUUUACCCACCCCACCAUACGCUACCAUCACCACCAGGACCCGCUUAAGGAGUUUGUGCAGUUUGUGUGCACCGAUGGCACAGGACAGCCCAGUGCACAGCCUAAUGGAGGUGGCCAGAGCAAAAUGCCGGGCUCCUUCCUGCUGCCCCCGCCACCCCCGGUGGCGCGCCCUGUGCCCCUCCCCAUGCCCGACUCUAAAACCAUCAGCACGCCCACUGACGGUGGACUCAGCUCACCCGCAUCUCCGUCAUACUCCACGCCAGGCUCCACAGCUCCCAACCGGUUUGUCGGCAUCGGAACACGGGACAACUUUCUGAAUAUCCCCCAGCAGACUCAGUCCUGGUUCCUCUGACAAGGCCUCUCUGAAUCAACAGCUAAAAUUGUGUCAUGAAAAUUGGAAAUUUGAAAAGCAAACACAUCACCGCUGAUAAAGAACAAACUGCUGACACUAAAAGGUCUUUCUCCUUCGCCAACACUAUUCAAAGUACUACUACAGAAGAACUCGAAAAACCCCACACCGCCCCAAGAGGACUCCCAAUUCAACACGAUUUGAACAGGAACAUUCGUCCCCCCCUUUAUGCAGGAGGCUUCAAUGAGAUUGAGUGGACAGACUCAGAAUGCUUGGAGGAGGAAGAAGAUGAAGAACUGUCUCACAUGCACCAUGAAAUGUCAGAAAGGAAACACAAUAUGGCAACCUGACAAAUGACCAAUUAAACAUUUAUUUUUUUCUCUUUUUUUAAUGAUAUAAUUUUUUUUUUUUUUCAUUUUGUUGUCUCCACAAUGAAACUCCAUGCAUUGGCUGGGAGAUCCAAAAACAAACAAGAAGUGGUAGAUGGUAAAGUCGGAUGUGCAAGCUGAAAAGAUUGCAACCCCAAAUUGCACACCUCCAUAUCUGUGUAUUUCUCUGCGCAUCUCUCCUCCAGGUACAUGGUCCCAUCUGACACCCACCACCCCCACACACCUCACCUGGAGCCCAGUGCUGCUCAGGGUCCAGACCACAACCGCAGCCGCAUUCCUGUGCGUCGCCACACUCUGUUGCUCGAUUCGCUCAGCCCUGAGCCUCUUUCAUUUCCGAUUGGCCAAUCAUGGUGACACCAUCCGAUGGUGUGACACAUAUGCACUAAGUGGCUGGUCUUUGUUUACCUGUCAAAGUAUCAGGGUGUCCUGCUGUGGGAGAAGUGAUAGCCAUGAGGCGAGUGCGAGAAAGCGAACACACAACAGACAGUCAUAACACUAACUCUACAUGUGCUCUUUCGUCCCCUCACCUAUGCACUAUUAAUUUUUAAUAAGGGAUGAACAGUAUUGCACAUCAAUGGUCAGACGAGCGAUAAGAGAAGUGAGUCGAGGCCGGCUGCCACCACGGGGAUGGGGCCGCGCUGACAUCCAAGUCUGGGCCCUGAAACACGCAGCGCUCGUACGCACACUCAUGCACACUUUCAGACAGCAAACGUAGACUGCCCUCUUCAGAACAGUCACACAGCCACUCAUAAAAUCAUCUUGUUAUCAUCCUUAGAUUUGGAAUUUCACAGUAAUGCACACACACAGCAUCAGCAUCAUAUUAUUGGCUUUAAUUUUGUUUGUAGGUGUUUUCUUGUGAUUUCUUUUCUUUUUUUUAUUGCAAGAUUUGGUUUUGGUUUUGUCUCACCUGGAUUGUUUUAACCUUCUCUUGCAUGUCAUAACAUUUUCCGUUAGUUUGCAGUAACACGCUAUCAUGCUCAGAUUUCAGUGAAACGGUAACAGUAGUUUCUCAAAUCUCUCACAUAUGGACAGCACAGUAACAACAGCUUAUCACAUGCGUCCCUUGCAUUGCUUCACCCCGAAUCCCUUAGUCUGGUCACAGGAAAACCCAGAGGAGUACACACACAACACAUACACAGACACACACACUCACACACAAAUAAAAUGAACACUAGCACCACCAACAACCUGACACAAAAGAAUAAAGGGAAGCCUUUAGAUUUGGUUCUCCAAACUGCCUUUGUUAAUGGUUUUUCAUUCAUUUAAGAUUUGUCUUUUUAAUUUGAGAUAUUUUUCUAUGUAAAUGUUCACAUUGAAAUCGCUGUUGGUAUUAUUUUCAUCAUGACACAAUCCAACAAAAGCCGACCUCACAAAAUAACUGGACUGCCUAGCUGUUGGUUCUGUUUUGCAGGGAUAGUAAACAGGGCAGAGACCCUGUUCUCAGCCUCUCUAGUAACAUUAGCUCUAUGUACUAAAACCAUAUAUCAAGACUAUAACAGUAUAUGGAAGUGCCUCUGUAUUCCCUUCAUGCAAUUAGUAAUAAACUUGACUUCAGGUUCUCUUCCCACAUAUAAGCUAAAGCUACAGGGAAUGGUAGCGUUGGUGCAUGUGGAAACUAUUGGCCUAGGACAGAUCUUUAUAGAGGACUGCAAGCUUUUUUUUUUUUUU